AUGCUUUCUUGUAUGGGCACAUUUCGUGAGUUGCAAAAAAAGGGAAUUGAUGAACCACAACCCAAACCGCUCAUCCCUGACUGGGCAACUCCCGCUGCCAGUAUCUCCUGGAUUGCUGCGGUCAUCAUCGCCAUUGUGGUCAUAAUCGCUAUCGGUGCACUGACCGCGUGCAUCGUGAUGCGUACUCGUGGAGAGACAUAUAUGUUGGACCGUGAGGAGCGUGCUUUGGGUAACGACCCGGAGAAGGAAUUACGUGAGAAAGAAGCAUUCCGUACUUACGAACGAGCGUAA